CUCCCUCAAAUUUAAUGAGGUUGUAUUCUCAUUUGACACAUCACAAAUGGAGACGUAACAGAAGAUUAAAGAUAUGAAAUGUAUUUGAUAGAUAUAAAGACGUAACAGAUAUAAUGAAUUAAUCUUUUAAUCAUUUGUUGCUUGUAUUGCAUUUCAAUUUUUGAAAUGUAUUACAUCGUGUGAAGCUGAAGAAGAUAUCAUUUUAUUUGAUGCAAUGGGAGUCUUUGAUAGGGAAACAGCUUCUUACACCUUAGGUUGGUUGAGUGUUGUUAUUUGGGUUAUUGCUGAGAUUCCUCAAAUAAUCACUAACUACCGAGCUAAAUCUACCGAUGGCCUCUCCGCCACUUUCUUGAUCACUUGGAUUAUUGGAGAUCUAUUCAACCUGUUUGGGUGCAUUCUGGAACCUGCAACUCUUCCAACUCAAUUUUAUAUGGCAGUGCUGUAUACAAUUAUAACUACUGUGCUUGGUUCACAAGCCAUUUACUAUGGAUACAUCUAUCCCCGAUCACAAUACAAGAGACUGCUCAAGGUUGAGACUCCAACAAAAGCUGGACAAGUAGAAAAACUCAGUGAUGCUGAACAGAGUCACCAAUUUGAUGAUUUCAGUAGAGGCACUGGUCGGAGUUCUCCUAUUCCUCUUCCAGUGCACCUUCCAAGUAUAUUUACCGGAAGAGAAGAAUUAUUCUACCAGUCAGCAAGAUCUCUGUCCAAGAGUCAUACGCCAACAGCAGGAUCCAUCAUAGCCCAAAGAAUGUCACCUACUUCUCCUUUUUUGGAUUCUACUGAAAAGAACUUACUUAGUCCAGAUGUUGCCACACAAUCUGACCCAAGUUUGAAGAUCAAGUCUACUCUAAGUGUGGUGUCCACAUUAACUUUUCUUGGUGUUAUCAAUCUGCAUAAAUCACUAGAGAAAAUAAUUAAUCCCUUGGUCUCAAAUCCAAGACAACAAUUUGUGGUGUAUGUUGGACGGAAGCUUUUACAGGUUAGCGGGGAUCAGCUUAUGGAAAAUGGUGCAUCAAGAACAAGUAGCAUUGGGACCUUCUUUGGUUGGGCAAUGGCAGUUAUAUAUUUGGGUGGAAGAAUGCCUCAAAUAUUUUUGAAUAUCAGAAGAGGACAUGCUGAGGGCCUCAAUCCUUUGAUGUUUCUCUUUGCUUUAAUUGGGAACGCUACUUAUGUUGCAAGCAUACUUGUGCGCAGCUUGGAUUGGUCAACAAUCGGACCAAAUCUACCAUGGCUGGUAGAUGCUGGAGGAUGUGUCCUCCUUGAUUUUUUCAUUUUAUUGCAAUUUUUAUAUUUUCGCUGUCGGACCUCCUCAAGCCUAGACAAAUAUAAUCAUCAGACUGUUUCUUAUUGAGGAAGAAGCAAGGAUAUUCAG